GCCCCUCCCGCUAGGACGCUGCUCGCGCAGUGACGUCUGCACACCCGGCUUCUGACCUCUGUUCCUUGCAGUCGGGUCGCGCCCUCGUUCUCCUGCGCAGGCCUGCGAGCUCCGGCUCCGGUGUUGGUUGGGUGCAGGCCUGGUGUGGUCUCCAAAGGGACGGAACAAUGCAGAAGGACAGUGGCCCACUGGUGCCUUUACAUUAUUUUGGUUUCGGCUACGCAGCCCUGGUUGCUACCGGUGGGAUUAUUGGCUAUGUCAAAGCAGGUAGUGUGCCGUCCCUGGCUGCUGGACUCCUCUUCGGGGGCCUAGCGGGCCUGGGUGCCUACCAGCUGUCUCAGGAUCCCAGGAAUGUGUGGGUUUUCCUAGCUACAUCCGGGACCUUGGCUGGCAUUAUGGGGAUGAGAUUCUACAACUCCGGGAAAUUUAUGCCCGCAGGGUUAAUCGCAGGAGCCAGGAUAUCACUAUGUACCCUCGGAUGGCCUUGAACUCACAAUUCUUCGUUUUCUCGAGUGCUGUAUUAUAGGUGUGCACAACUGCCCAGGACUUAGCAUUCUUGAUUUCAAAUACCCAAAUCUAUUAAAUAUAGAUUUUAGGGGCUGGCAGUGUGGCUUAGUGGUAGGGCACUUUCUUAGCAUGUGUAAAGCCCUGGGUUCCAUCCCCAGCAUAGGAGGGGUAAAAGGAAGAGGGGGGAAGGAGAGGAAGGGAGGGAGGGAAAGAGGCAUUAUAGCAGUGCAAGAUGUUGCUGAUAGGGAAAGUUGGUAGGGGAUGAAGGAAGGACUGGCCACAUGGGAACUCAUACUCUAAAUCUGGAACUGCCACAAAACAAAGCAACAUCCCUGGGAAGGAUCCAUGCCCUGCCAGAGAUGUGCACAUGCAUUUAGCGUUUCUGUACUAAAGACAGCAAGUAAAAACCACCAGCUUAGACAUCCAUCCACAGAUGAAUGGAUAACAAGAAUAGGCUUGAUAUAUAGAUGGAAAGUUAUCCAGUUAUAACAAAAAAUGAAAUUUUCGGGAGAAUGGAUGGAUCUAGAAAGUACAAACACAGGUAGGCUAAAACUGCAUGUUCUUCCUCUGAUGUGGCUGUAAUGUAUACAUGUGUGUAGGCAAAAAGAAUAAGGAUAGUAAAGUCUACAGACCUAGAAAGGAGUCCCAGAGAGGGCACUACUGGGUGGUGAGGAAGGAUGCGAGUGGGCAGAAGGAAAGAACACAUGGGCAUGACAGGGAAAGGAGUCCGAAGAGCAGCAAAGGGGUGGAGGGAUGGGAAAGAGAAGAGCCGCAAGAACACAGUUAAAAAAAAUGUCAGAAUAUACUGAACACAUUGUAUGUUGAGUAAAAAGAAAGAAAGCAACCACAACAAAAUGGACCACUGAAUAUAAAGUUUAAUGAUAGAAAAAAAAACCACACUAGUUAACCAUAUAUCUAUUCAGAGUCCAUGUUUCUCAGAAACACCAAGGAGUUUUUUUUUUUUUUAUUAGCUUCAAGACAAUAAACUUGUACAAAUACA